AUGGAGCUUCCGCCCGCUAAGCGCAGGUGCGGCGCCCCUGGGGAGCAGCCCGAUCCGGGACCAAGCGCCGCCGUCGCCUCCUCCCCCCUUUCCGCUUCCACCUCUUCUGCCGUCGAGACGCUUCUGGACCUGAGCGCCCGGCGGGUGGCCGAAACUUGGGCCUUCGAGCAGGUUGAAGAACGUUUCUCCCGUGUCCCAGAACCUGUACAGAAGCGCAUAGUGUUCUGGUCCUUCCCACGGAGUGAACGGGAAAUAUGCAUGUACUCUUCCCUUGGCUAUCAUCCCCCAGAGGGGGAGCGAGACUCUCGUGUGCCCUUUAACCGUGGCUUGAAUUUGCUACAGUCAGGUGCUGUUGACCGUGUCCUCCAAGUAGGUUUCCACCUGAGUGGCAUUGUGACAGAACCGCCCGGCCCCAGUGAGCCAGAGCACAGUUAUCAUGUCUCCAUCAGUUUUGACCGCUGCAAAAUCACAUCGGUUAGCUGUGCCUGUGACAACCGAGACAUCUUCUACUGUGCUCACGUGGUGGCUCUGUCCCUGCAUCGCAUCCGACAUGCCCACCAGGUGGAGCUGCGCCUGCCUAUCUCAGAGACCUUGUCCCAAAUGAACCGGGAUCAGCUACAGAAGUUUGUGCAGUACCUGAUCAGCGCCCACCACACUGAAGUGCUGCCGACAGCUCAAAGGCUGGCUGAUGAGAUUCUGCUGCUGGGCUCUGAGAUCAACCGAGUGCAUGGUGCUCCAGAUCCCACAGCUGGUGCUGGCAUUGAAGAUGCAAACUGUUGGCACUUGGAUGAGGAGCAGAUCCAAGAACAAGUGAAGCAGCUACUGUCCAAUGGGGGUUAUUAUGGAGCAAGCAAGCAGCUUCAGUCCAUGUUCAAUAAGGUACGGGAAAUGCUACGAAUGCGGGAUUCCAAUGGUGCACGGAUGCUCAUCCUGAUGACAGAGCAGUUUCUGCAGGAUCCACGUCUGGCACUCUGGCGGCAGCAGGGAGCAGGCAUGACUGACAAGUGCCGGCAACUCUGGGAUGAACUUGGUGCAUUGUGGGUAUGUGUGGUUCUGAGCCCACAUUGUAAGCUGGAAGAGCGGGCAGUUUGGCUACAGCUUCUUAAGAAGUGGAAUAAGCUGGACAUUUGUCCAUUGGAGGAGGGUAACUACUCCUGUGACAGUGUUGGAACCAACAGCAGUUUGUCAUCUAAUCUAAAUCGCGGCCCAGGUAGGAAACCCACGGCAGCCGCUGCUCGACAGACAGUCUUUGGGCGUGCCAUCAAGGCUGCUGAGCUUCGCUGGGGGGACUGCCACCUGCAGAAGAUCUUGAGCAGUGACUGCUAUGGUGUCUCUUUGAAGAGCGGUGGUGACAAGUUGGGCUUUGAUCCCCAAGGCCAUCCACUCUGGCUGGGCGAUGCCUUUCCCAUGGCCUGCGCACGGGUUGAUGCCUUGCGCUCCCACGGGUACCCCCGCGAGGCCUUGCGCCUGGCAGUGGCCGUUGUCAACGCCAUGCGCUUGCAGCGACGUCAUCAGCUGGACAGCUACAAGCAGCAAAAGAAAGAGCUCUUGCACAAAGGCACAACAAGCAUUACCAAUUUGGAAGGAUGGGUUGGGCACCCUCUGGACCCCAUUGGUUGUCUCUGUCGUACCUUUCUGGAGGCCUGUCGAAUGGAUGAUGAGGGGCUCGUCCUGUUUCCAGAUUCUCCAGCAGAGCCCAAGAAGGCCCUCUAUCAGCACAUCCCAGUGCCCUCGAGUCCUGGCGAGUCGUAUUAUAUGCUGGCCUUGGAGGUGGCCCUGCUGGGGUUGGGGCAGCAGCGGUCCAUGCCAGAGGGCCUUUAUGCCCAGGACAAGGUGGUGCGCAGCGAGGAGCAAUUAAUUGGACUUCUAGAUGAGAUGGAGCUGGACGAGCGGCUGGUUCCUGUGCUCCGCAAGCAGGCGGCCUUGUUGCUGGAUGGAGGGCCUUUCAGUGGAUUUGGUGAGGUGGUGUUCCGAGAGAGCGUUCCCAUGCAUACUUUUGCCCGUUACCUCUUCACUGCCAUGCUGCCCUAUGAUCCCGAGUUGGCUUACCGUUUGGCAUUGAGAGCCAUGAGGCUUCCUGUAUUGGAGACAGUGUUACCAGCCAAUGACAUCCUGCACCAGAAUCCCCUGGACUCCAUGAUGGCCAAUCGCUUCCCCCGCUGGUUUACCCUUGGUCACCUAGAGACUCGACAGUGCGAGCUCGCCUCAGCUAUGCUUACAGCUGCUAAAGGUGACCCCAACUGGCUGCGCAUGGUCCUGGGCUCCAUCCAGCAGAAUAUUCAUUCACCAGCCUUGCUGUUCAAACUGGCCCAAGAUGCCUGCAAGACUGCCACACCAGCCAACACUCCUCCAGAUACCACCUUACUUAAUAUCUCCCUGGAGCUUGGCCUGCAGGUGAUGCGCAUGACGCUCAACACCAUGACCUGGCGUCGUAGGGAAAUGGUGCGCUGGUUGGUCAGCUGUGCCACUGAGAUAGGAGUUCAGGCCCUGAUGAAUAUUAUGCAGAAUUGGUACACACUCUUCACACCUAUCGAGGCUACAACUAUUGUGGCAGUGACCGGGACCACACAUGCCACGCUGCUGAGGCUGAGCCUGAGUACUGGGCAACGGGAUGAGCUGUGCAGUUGUGCCCGGACACUGGCGCUGCAGUGUGCCAUGAAGGACCCACAAAACUGUGCCUUGCCAGCCCUGACACUAUGUGAGAAGAACCAUGCAGCCUUCGAGGCAGCCUACCAGAUUGUGCUAGAUUCUGCAGCCUCAGCUGGCAUGGGCCACUCCCACCUGUUCACCAUAGCCCGGUAUAUGGAGCACCGUGGGCUGCCCGUUCGUGCCUACAAGCUGGCUACUCUGGCCUUCUCACACCUCAACAUUGCUUUCAACCAGGACACCCACCCAGCACUCAACGAUGUCCUGUGGGCCUGCUCCCUUAGCCAGUCCCUGGGGAAGAACGAGUUGGCCGCCAUUGUCCCACUUGUCAUCAAGAGCGUGCAGUGUGCCCCCAUGCUCUCUGACAUCUUGCACCGUUGGAGCCUUCCUCCCCCAGGUCUUGCUUCAAUGGGCGGAGGGCGCCGUGGGGCAGGCAGCACAGGUACUGGCGGGAAGCUCUUUGCCAUGGACAAGGCCCCACUCUGCCAGCUGCUGGAGGCCGCCAUGGCUGCUUACAUCAGCACCACCCAUUCACGCCUCACCCACAUCAGUCCACGGCACUAUGGUGAAUUCAUUGAGUUCUUGGGAAAAGCCCGUGAGACCUUCCUGAUGGCCCACGAAGGGCACCUACGCUUUAGCCAGUUCCUUGACAAUCUCAAACAAACUUACAAAGGCAAGAAGAAACUUAUGUUGCUUGUACGGGAACGCUUUGGCUAG